UCUGGGGAACAAAAGUUUAAUCCUACUGGGGGGGAAAUGUAUUAUCAAUUUUCACCACGAUUUCAGAAGCUGGUGAAACUCAAGUCAAGCUUUAAAACGAGUCAUAUCUUACGCUUCUUUGAACAUUAAUUCAUGAAAUGACAAGAAGGUCCCGCAAAGUAGUUUUAAAGACGCAUAGGGCCCUGAACUCAUAUUUCAGGAAACUUUUGGAUAAACUUUUGAAAAAUGUUGUGUUCAAGUACUUCGAUAACCAAAAUGAGUUCAGGGUCAGCAUCUUUGAUUGAGGAAUUUAGGGGAGCAGCAGAAUAAGGAAUUGUUCAAUUAUUUAAUAAUCGAAGUAGGCUAUUCCUAAAGAAAAACCUUACUUUAGUUAAUUAACUUGAGUAAUGGUUAAAUGCAAAUGAGUGUGUAUAGGUGUCUUUAUUUUUACAGUGUGUUUUAAUGCUUUUAUUUGUUUAUAUAUAAAUCGAAUAAUACUUAAUUGUCCACCCCGAAAUGUUAAACCACAUGCAGAGACAGCCUAAUCCAUCAUUUAUCUAAUCCAUUACUGCAAAAUAUGGUUUUUGAUCCAAACACUCAAACACUAGUCGGAACCAGAUAGGUCGGAACACGAGGACGGAUAAUCUCUUUACCCAGACGGCACUUCCGGUGUGUGAGAACGCAAAGCGUAAACAUGGCAGCGUCCACGAGGAAUCUCGUAAGAGUUCUUGCUGGAUGCCAAAGACUCAGUCUAACAUCACCUUGCGUCUCAAGGGUAUCUCAGAAUGUGGUGCGGCAGACGUAUGUCAGGACAUAUGCAGCUGCAGCAGUAAAGCUCAAACCCAAAGCAAAGAAAGGCGAGGAGGACAAGGAUAAGAAGGAGAAAAAGGAAAAGCGUGUCAUAGAUAACACAGGACGGCACAAACCAAUCGGCUUCACGGCCUGGGAACCAGUGGACGACGUGUAUAUGCUGAGAUUCUACCCCAAACCAUCCCACGAUGCAGGCACAGCAAUAGACAUGCUGAAGGAGUUCCAGAGGCUGGAGUUCACCCCCCCAGAUCAGGCUGUGACGUUGGACCUGAAGCUGGACUUGAAACUCGAGAAAAAGAGGAAGGUGGAUCCCUUCGUCAGCACAGUGCAGCUACCCCACCCUUUCAGGACGGAAGCAAACAAAGUUGUCGUUUUUACAGAGAAUGCUGAACAGGCGCAGCUGGCACUGGAGAACGGAGCAGCGCAUGCCGGCGGGGUGGAGCUCGUGCAGAAGAUUUUAGAUGAUGAAAUCCAAGCUGAUUUCUACUUGACUGUGCCUGAAGUGCUCCCGAAGUUGGUCCCUUUAAAAAACAAGCUUCGGAAGAAAUUUCCUAAGAGCAAGAGAGGCACUGUCGGAGUGAACAUUCCCAGAAUGCUAAACCUUUUCAAGAGUGGUCAUGAAUACCUGGUGGAGAGAGAGAACUAUAUUGUUACUGAAGUUGCCACGCUGAACAUGCCCAAAGAGCAGAUCCUGGCCAACAUUCAAGCCAUCAUCAAUGAUGUCUGUUCCCACAAGCCAGCCAACUAUAGCCCAAUUAUCAACAGGAUGAUACUAAGCAACAGAACUAGCGAGGCACUACUUGUAAAAUAUGAAGACUUUCUGCCAAAGCCUAAGGAGGAAGAAAGACCGUGAUCAUGCCCAUUGUAAAUGUUGUAAUAUAAUAAAAUAAAGCCUUGCACUUCUGGAAAAAGCCUC